GACAGCGUCUGGGGUUGGUGCAGAGAAAACCGGCGCCUACAUACAGAGGGAAUGAUGGCCAGCACUACGAUAGCAACUUUAGUACUGACACUAGGGGUCUAUCUCGUUCUGCUGCACCAAUACCACGCAGCAGCGCAUGCCGCUCCAUCCGGUUCUGACGUGGGCGCAGCUGGAGGUAACAGUCUGGAAGGACCUGGCCAAAGAACACGCGGUCGUUCAUUUCUUCAGACGCCCCCUCGAGAAUCGCAAUAUAUGAGGGCAAGGUUGGUGCCCCUGGAACCCGCCGCAGACGUUCUCAACGACUUUGUAAUAGACGAUGAAAUUAUAGAUUUCAAUAAACGCCAAUCAGAUGAUUAUGGUCAUAUGCGGUUUGGGAAGCGCGAACAAUUUGAUGAUUAUGGCCAUAUGAGGUUUGGUCGUAGCCUUGAGUAAUCGAUAUCACUGUGGCCUCGAGUGCAUCUCGAAGCGAGAAACAAAAAGGCACAAAGAAAAACUAUCAUCAAAUGAAGUCAGGUUCACAUAAAAGCAAUCUUCAGACUCUGAUCAAUAUAAGCAACAUUUCUCUAUUACUAUUAAUUUCUGUGAAGUUUUCUGAUUUUGUUCUUUUUCUUUAAAUAUUUCAAAUACAGAACAAGGUGACUUAAGAAUGCAAUUAUUUCCUUCCUAGUAAGAAUCAUGAAUAGGAAAGGCCCAUACUUUCUGCAGGAUGCUGACUAAACAGCAUACAUAUAACAUUGUGUUUUCUUCCCAUCUGUUUCACGCAUUACAACUAUGUUAUCACUAUACCAUAAUGACUGAAUGAGAUACAAUAAAGUUUCAUGAAUAAAGUA